AUGUGUUCUGGUGGUAAAUCAGGUAAAGUAUAUGCUUCUGGCGGAAAAGACCGCAUGUUAUACUUGUGGUGUGUUUAUUAUGAAGAUCCAGUCUUAAAGUAUGGUCCAUUUUCUUCAGAAAUAUCAUGCCUUCAAUUCAAUAAAAAUGAAGACAUUAUUGCCGUAGGAACUAAUGAUGGAACUGUAGCUUUACUUGAUCUAGAUCGAAAUGAUACAAUUUGUGAAUGGCACAUAGAUCAAAAACGAAUUACAUCAUUAUGUAUACAUCCAAGACUUCCGAAUGGCGUAUAUGCAGGCGACGAAAUUGGAAGAAUUUUCUUAUUUUCUCAUCCAAAAAUGGAACCAGUACAAAUAAUAACAGCACACAACGGAAGAGUGAAUUCUAUUGCCAUAUCUACAGUCCAUGGACUCAUUUCUUCAUGCGGAGACGACAAUACAAUCAGAUUAUUCGAUUUACAAACAAACAAGUCACUUGGUGUGAUCAGAUCCAACUUGAGUCCGGUUACUUGUGUUGCGUUCCAUCCUCGCGAGAAGAUAUUAGCCUCUUGUUCAGCAGAUCGCUACAUAAAACUGUUUGAUCUCAACAAAACAUUCGAAAUGGACGGUUCAUUUAUAAUUGGUCGAAGUAUGCCAACAUCCAUCGAGUUUUCUACAGACGGAGAUUGCGUCGUUGCCUGUUCUCCAAAUGGAAUUAGUAUUAUCAAGGUCCACGAUACGAAAUUUUCAGAUCACAUGACAUUGUCGUUAUCUACUACAUAUACAAUUACUAUGUUAUCUACUUGUAUAGCGAUAACUUCAUCUUAUGGAUCGAAUGCAAAAUAUAUUUUGUUGAACAACAGCGAUUUCCCACUUCUAAGGCCCAGGCAGGAAACAACUAAGAAUACUAAUGCUCCUUACCUGGUUCUUUUGCGAGAUAACUCAAUGCCAGUCCACAUUUUCGAUCAAUAUGCUUUUCCAGACGGAACAAAGAUCCCUGCACGCAAAGUACAGCAGCAGUUCCACGAGAAAUUCCUUGCUGAGAUACAAUUGAACAGAAAACAGCCCCCGCCGUCGCAAUCUGAUCCAUUAAUUUACAAAGAGUUCUCAACCGACCGAAAAUCCUACAUGAGCACAAUCCUGAACAGGCUAAAGAAGAUGAAUGAUAUAAGAGACAUGAUAAAAAAGGUUGGAACUGAAGAAACUCUCAAAAAUUACUCACAAUAUACAACAGGCAGUGAAAUUGAGUUCAUUACUUUGUUGUCUGGAAGAAAAGAAACAAUUCACAUUGAAAACGCUGCAAAUUUGUUGAAAAUUGCGGCUCAUGCAAUGGAAUUGGAAGGCGGAGAGGAAAAAGGAGUCGAGUUUGUGUACGAGAUCAUGCAGAACGUGGGACAGAUAAUGAGAGUGUCGUUAACUGAACCAAAUACGAUAGAAAUUAUUAAUACUGCUCAUAAUCUGAAACCGAAGCUGACAAACAUUGCAGCAAGUAAUGUUAAGUGGCAUGAAACCGCUCAGAAGAUUCUCAAUGAAUUCGGUGACAUUAUGUGA